GCCUCAGAAGAAGGCCGCGGAGGGGCCCAAGGCCCCCGUUAGCAAGCAGAGGCAAGCCGCCGCCAGACACCGUGCGCCCCAGAAGCGAGACAGCAAGAUCAAUGCCUGGUUUGGCGACGUGUUGAAUGCAGGCGGCUUGGAGAACGUCGAUGAGGCCCGCGACUCCGACUGGGGCGGCGCCUCCGAGCACGGCCGGCCGACGAGCCCAACAUCGGAGUUGCCGCCCGCAGCGAACUUCGAGAGCGACGCCCUUGCGAUGGGCGCCCAG